AUGGAUUGGUUCUACUUAGAUGACAUCUCAAUAGGACAAACAGACGAUAACAGCAACAGCACUGACAUUAAUGGACAUGACGACAGCUUCCACGUCUUCAUGGACGUGGCGCAAUGGCUCAUCAUUUGCAUCGGCUUUAACUUGACUCUCAUAGUCAUCUGCGCACUUUAUUCUCUGAUUAAAAGUGAUCACACAGCUCCAGUCUACAUCAUCAACCUUCUUAUUUCUGAUCUGAUUCAGUUCUGCUGCUUGACAGCAAGUAUGGCUGGCGGGGCCUGGAAUAUUGUAACGCAUAUCUAUUUUUACGCUAUCAUGGCCAGUGUUGGAUUCAUGGUUUGCAUCUCCUUGGAAAGAUAUCUCGUCAUCGCGCAGCCGUUGUGGUACAGAUUCAGACGGAAUAUAAAGAUGCCCCUGGUGGUCUGUGGUGUCGUCUGGAUCCUUCCUCUUGUUUAUGUCGUCCCUGUUACUUUGAGUGUUGACAAAAACGUCAUCCGUGAUAUUGUAGCCAUCUUUCUCCUCCUCCCCCUCCCUCUGUUCAUAUUCUUCCUGGUUGGGACCCUAAGAGUCCUGUCUGCAGCCUGCAGUGUCCCCGCUGAUGAAAAACGACGAAUUGUGGCGAUUUUGGUUGUCAUGUUGCUCAUUUACACACUGUUGUUUCUACCCACUAUCAUUUUGUACCUGGGAGAUAAAUCCAGAAAAGACCAUAUUUUUGGCAAUAUAACUUUCAUUUUUAUUAAUAUUAGUCCUCUAUCAGACUUAACUAUGUACAUUUUCAUUAGAAAGGGUGCCAUAGACAAGCUUUUGGCCUCACUGUGUUGUUGUAAAGUGGUGAAAAGUCUGCAAACGAAUAGCCCGUCAGUUUAA